UUCAAAUCACCCUCCGUGUGAUUUUGCAGAACGCUUUCCAGAAGUAAUUUCAUUUCAAUUGAUCGAAUACUACUUAUUAAGCACUUUUUCACAAACACACUCACAGUCGAAUCGUUGCAUCUACACUUGCAAUGAGUUCACACCCGCUAUUAUUUGCCUUUGCUGUAGCGCACAGUGGCAACGCCAGCAACAUAUGUUUUAACAACUUUUAUUUUGUUUACAUUUUUCAUUCACAUAAACACUAGAAAAACUAAAAUAAUGAGCUGCUGCGAAGAAAAAUUCCGUUGGACUCCUAAGUUAACAUUUGACUUGAUUGAAGCGAUUAGACAGCGGACGUGUCUUUGGAGCAAAGAUGACAGCGAUUACUUGAACAAUGAUACCAAAAGAGCCGCUCAAGCGGAUAUCUCGAUAUUAAUGAAUGUUCCUGAAAAUGCUGUACGACAUAAAAUACGCAUUUUACGUACAAUAUUUUUUCAUGUACACAAAAAACAUAAGCGAUCUAAAACGAUACCAAAGUGGAGAUAUUAUAAGCGACUGUUAUUUCUGGUGGACCCAUCAUAUGCCGCAUUACCACCUUCACCGUUACUCGUACCUAUAGUGGAAAAUAUUGAUACGCAGGAAAUGUCAAAAAAGACGGAAAGGGCAGACAUUUCGGAAGAAGACUUGGUAGAACCUGAAAUAAUAUCGACAGACACUGAAUUAAAUUCUUCCGAAGAUUUGUGUGAAGUAAGCAAUAUACAGAAGCUAGAAGAGAGUAAUGUCAUUGCAGCUAAUGAAAAGUUUGGUCGUUAUGUUGUUGAAAGUAUUAAUAAUUUGGAAGAUUUUAGACUUAUGAAACGCACGAAAGCUAGAAUAAAACUUCUAAUAUCGGAAGUGUUGGCAGAGCGUGCGAUGACUCAGUUAGCUGAAUGUGGAUUUUAAUCUUUUUGUUUAUAUUUUUUUUAUAUUUUAUUA